UGGGCAACCAGUCGCCUGCCCUGGCGCGCAUUUCGCUGUAUAUCCAAAGAAGACAAAAGGAUUGGGAAGGUCAGAGCUGAAAAGCGGCGCAGUUAAAAAUGGAGGCGGCGGACACCCAGGCAGAGGCUGCCGCCCUAGAGGUCCUGGCCAAGCUGGCAGACAUCCUAGAGCCUACAGGCUUGCAGGAAGAGGCAGAACUGCCCGCCCAGAUCCUGGCUGAGUUCGUGAUGGACUCCCGAAAGAAAGAAAAGCUGCUUUGCAGCCAGCUUCAGGUAGUAGACUUACUGCAGAACUUCUUGGCUCAGGAGGACACUGCCAAGGGCCUGGACCCCUUGGCUUCUGAAGACACGAGCCGACAGAGGGCAGUUGCAGCCAAGGAGCAAUGGAAAGAGCUGAAGGCUACUUACCAAGAACACGUAGAGGCCAUCACAAGUGCCCUGGCCCAGGCCCUGCCCCAAAUGGAAGAGGCCCAAAGGAAGCAGGCACAGCUCCAGGAGGCCAUUGAACAGCUUCAGGCCAAGAAACAAGUGGUGAUGGAGAAACUCAGAACAGCCCAGAAACAGUGGCAGCUGCAACAGAAGAAGCAUCUGCAGCAUUUGGCAAAAGUUUCUGCGGAGGUGAGGGAGCGUCACAUAGGAACUAAACAGGAGUUUGAGCAGCUAUAUCAGGAACUUGGAACCCUGAAGCAGCAAGCAGGGCAGGAGCAAGACAAGCUGCAGAGGCACCAGACCUUCCUCCAGCUGUUAUACAUGCUGCAGGGUAAACUGCUACUCCCUGAGGCAGAGGCAGAGCUACCACAGGAACUGGAUCUUCCUGAGAAUAAGCCUCAACAAGUGACCCAGCCCCAGGAACAGAACAUUGGGUACACCAUGGAGAGUGACAGGAGUGUGUCCUCCAAGGCCGACUGCCUACAACCUGCUGGAGAUGCAAGUUUGGCAUGGUUUCCCAGGGACAACAUGGGGGAAAGAUCCUAGAUCAGGUCAGACUCUCACUCAGGGCCUUAUGUUUCUUGACUACAGGUAUGGAAGGAGGGAGGGCCUCUGGUUUACCUCUCUGUAUAUGAACUCCACUCUUCAUGGAGUUCUGUGAGAUGGGAAGAAGUUAUCUUAUGAUUAAAGCCUAGCACCUCAUCCCUGUGCUCAGCCUACCCUAGACUGACCCCUCUUUUAUUUUUCCCCAACCUUAUGGCCCUACGCUCACUGCAGGUGGACUGUCAACUUCUGAGUACAGCCUGAAAUCUGGCCACAGCCCAGGUCAGGGCAGGCUCUGGAUUCUGUUGAUUAAAAGCCCUGGAGCUCUCUCA